UCCACUCGGCGGCGGCGGCGGCGUGGAGCCGAACGUGCGGACGUGACGUCGAGGCGCAGAUGAUUGACGGCGAUCUGGACCAAUGGCGAUGGACCGGGAGAUCCUCCAACCAAUCAGAGGGCGGUGCCUGAUGGUCCCUUUCUCCUCCCGCGCCUUGGUUGGAGUGGGUGGCCUCCUUUGUGCAAGAAGCUCUCAGUUACUCAGGAGGGUAACAGAACGGGAGGAAUUGUAGACGGGAAACUCAAACCAAAGAUCGUGCCAAGAUCUGAUUGAGUCACUUGAUUCAUCAGGACUUGAAUAUUUGAAUGUGGAAGGAGAACUGUUUGUCUGUUCUGCCUGUGGGAAAAGAUUUCAAACAUUGUUGUAACUAGAAAAGCACCGAGACACACACACACACCCGAGUGAGAGUGUUUCCAGUGCACUGACUGUGGGAAAGGGCUUUAACCAGUUGUACGGCCUGAGAAAAAAUCGCACCGUUCACAGAGUCUGCGUGUGGACGAGCGUUCAACUGAUUGCCCAAGCUGGAGAGAGACAAGGGUGCCAGCACCAUGGAGAAACCGUGGAAAUGUGCGGACUGCAGGAAGGAAUUUAGUUACCCCUCCCAGCUGGAAACUCACCGUCGCAGCCACACCGGGGAGAGGCCGUUCACCUGCUCCGUGUGUGCGAAGAAAUUCAGUGAUUCAUCCACCCUGCAGAAGCACCAGCGAGUUCACACCGGGGAGAGGCCGUUCAUCUGCUCUGAGUGUGGGAAGGGGUUCACUCAGUCAGCCACCCUGCGGAAGCACCAGCGGGUUCACACCGGGGAGAAGCCGUUCAUCUGCUCCAUGUGUGGGAAGCGAUUCACUCAGUCGUCCAAUUUGUUGACCCACCAGCAAGUUCAUACUGGGGAGAGGCCGUUCAUCUGCUCCGUGUGUGGGAAGCAAUUCAAUCAGUCGUCCAGCUUGUUGACCCACCAGCGACUUCACACCGGGGAGAGGCCGUUCACCUGCUCUGAGUGUGGGAAGGGGUUCACACAGCUAUCCAGCCUGCUGAAACACCGUGGCAGCCACGCCAGUGGGAGGUCUUUUAAAUGCUCCGACUGUGGCGAUGGCUUUCAGAACUCCAAGGAACUGAUGCUCCACCAACGCGUUCACACUCAGGAGAGACCGUACAGCUGCUCUCACUGCGCAAAGAGGUUCAGAACAUCGUUCCACCUGCUGACACACCAGCGAGUCCACACGGGCGAGCGGCCCUUCACUUGCCCCGUGUGUGGGAAGGGGUUCACUCAGUUGCAACACCUACUGAGACACCAGCGCGUUCACACCGGGGAGAGGCCGUUCACCUGUUCCGUGUGUGGGAAGGGGUUCACCCAGUCGUCCAGCCUGCUGACCCACCAGCAACUUCACAAGUGAUUCUGGGGGUUGGAUUCUGCUGCUGUUAAUCACAUCCAGGACUGAACCAGGUUCAUCCUGACAGUUGGGGUCUGUUUCUGCUCAUGGUAAUAAUCCCUGUAACUGGGCCGGAGGUUAAUAUUCUGGAUAUGUGAAAUAAAUCAGACGUGUCUAAACAA